AUGGAGGAACGAGGUUUCUCAAGUACUAGCUUGGAAGCAUCGUUCAGGUGCGAGGGGCCGUACCGAUUUAUUGUUUACGCUCGGCUCGCUUCGAGUAAUCAGCGAGCCCAGCGACGCAGAUUUAAGAAUUAUACCGCUACAGUGGCCACGAAUUUAUCAGUCAAAGCGUGGCUUUUGGAGCCCUUUGCAGCCGCUUCAAACCGCUGCGGGAACAGACAACGAACACAGCUACAGUCUAGACUAGGGCGAAUACGGGAUUUAGGAACGUUGGAACAAACAUUUGCUGAGGACUGGAGCAUAUAUAACGGUGGUUGCGGC